GUCACCGUCACUUCUGUUUGACGUUUCAAUCACUGUCAAAGUCAUCUGCUAUGUCAAAUCGUCAAUACAUCGAUAGCAAAACAGGAUCAGAAAUAUCCGAUUUAUAAAUUAAAUUGUUAUGUGCGCGGGAAGAUAAUGUGUGUAAUCAAUAUAUCUGUAAAUAUUUGACAGUAAACAUAAAUGUAUCGAAGAAUUAAUGUUAUGGGUUACAGAUUAAACGGCUCAAAAUGUCUGGGUCUUUGUCUGAUAUUAACUUUUGUAAUGGGCUGUUAUUUAGCUGCUUUACCUAUUCGAUACGAAAAAGAGGCAUUACCUAACCCAGUACGACAACGAUUAACAUCGCAAGAACAGCCGAAAAAACGACUGGCGGUGCUCGUGCCUUUCCGUGACCGCUUCGAGGAGCUACUGGAGUUCAUCCCUCACAUGUACAGCUUCUUAAACCGUCAGAAAAUACCGUUUCACAUAUUCAUAGUGCAGCAGAAAGAUAAUAAUAGAUUUAACAGAGCUUCGUUAAUAAAUGUUGGGUUUAUUUAUACGAAGAAGGACUAUGAUUACAUAGCUAUGCAUGAUGUGGACUUGCUGCCUAUGAAUGACAAUUUAAAGUAUGAUUAUCCUAGUUCGGGGCCGAUGCACAUAUCCUCCCCUCAGACGCACCCUAAGUACCAUUAUGACACUUUUAUCGGAGGCAUACUGUUGGUGAAGAGAGAACAUUAUGAGUUGGUCAAUGGUAUGUCUAACAACUACUGGGGCUGGGGACUAGAAGAUGAUGAGUUUUAUGUGAGACUAAAAGAUGCUAAUUUAACUGUGAUGAGACCAAGCAAUAUUAGUACUGGUAUUGAUAAUACUUUUAGACAUAUCCAUGACAAGACAUACCGGAAGCGUGACAUGCGGAAAUGCUACAACCAACGCGAGGUAACCCGUCGCCGCGACCGUCUCACAGGCGUCCACGACGUGCUAUACAAACUCCUUAACACUCACACAGUAGCCGUUGACGGGUUAGACGUCACAGUUUUGAACGUGGAACUCAUUUGUGAUAAAGAAAGAACUCCUUGGUGUCAGUGUCCGGAAGCAGUGAAGGUUACGUCUAAAAAGAAUUAAUGUAGGUUUGUAAUAUUUUUUUAUACUUAUUCCUGU